UUUCUUCAUCUUCUUUCUCCUAUAUAUAGCAAUACUCCGUAACCCUUCGUCUUCAUCUGAGAGAUUUCAACUGCAGUUAUCUUCAAGAGAUAAAUUCUUCUAUUCACUCAACAAACAAACAAGUUUCUGUCUCUGAAUCAUCAUAUUAAUGGAGCGUCCCCAUCCCUUCUUCACAAAUCACUGGAAAUUCUUUGAACCUUCGAAUCGUUAUGUGCCGAGGGUGGCGGAAAUUCCGGUAUAUCGACGUACGGUGCCGGUGGCUCCGAAGGUGGUUCCAGUUCCUGUCCGUUUUGUCGAAUCCGAGAAUAUCAGAGUUGAUUCGGCCACCAAAAUCCAGAAGGUGUUCAGAGGUUUUCUGGUGCGGAAGAGCUUGAAGAAAGUUGUGGCGAUUGAGAGAGAAGUGAAUGAGAUAGAGAGGAGGUUUGCGAAUGAAGAGACGGUCGAUUUGAUUCGGAAGGAUGAUAAGGAGAGAAUUAGGUUUGGCGAGAUAUUGAUGAAUUUGUUGUUUAGGUUGGAUUCGGUGAAAGGCGUGGAUUCUGGAAUUAGGAGUUUCAGGAAAGCGGUGAUCAAGAAGGCUAUUGCAUUACAGGAGAAGAUCGACUCAAUUGCAGCCGCGAAUGAAGCUACUAAUGUGAUUGAUGAGACUCUCGAACCCGUGACUGCUGAAUGUGGUUCUGAAGGUGUUGAUCCGAGUUCGGAAGGAACUCUGAAUCUCAAGAUUAUAAUUCCAGAGCAUGAGGAUGAUAAUUCUACUGCUGGUAACGGUAAUUGCGAAUCUGCUGAUGAUUGUGAUGGUGAGAAUGCCGAUGGAGUAGAAGCGUCAAAACCUGGAGCAAUUCCUGAGGAAUCUAAAGCUUGUUCCUUGGAAUCGAAUGUUGAUCCGGAAGUUCCUCAAGAAUCAGAGCAAGGGAAGAACUCCCCAGAGAACGAUGACACGGAUCUUGAAGCGGCAAUGAGUGAAGCUGAGAGUCAGACGGAUUCAUCAAACGACGAUGGGGUUGCAGAAUGUGGAGCUGUAGAUGAAAGAGAGGGUGGUGCAAAUGAAGAGGAUGAUAGCAGAAUCAAAGGAAGAGAGGAGGAUGGGAAGAGUAGAGAGCUUCUUGAAAGGAUGAUGAUGGACAACAAAAGAAUGAUGGAGAUGAUGGCGCAGCUGUUUGAAAAGAAUGAAAAGCAGUCACAAUUGCUAUGCUCACUGUCUCAUAGGGUUGAGAGGUUAGAAAAGACACUUUUGUGUGAGAUGCUGCGAAAGAAGAAGAGGAAUAGUACAGAUUGCUCUGAAAAAUCCCCCAAAACAAAGAAAAGUGUUCUGGAAAUACAAAAUGGCUUCUUCAGCAUAUAGAAGAUGAUGAUGAUGUUCCUGUAAAUGAAGUUUUGCGAUGAGAAGUGCAACCGUGUUCUAGGUCUAUAAUGGUAGCAAUUCUAGCAAUACAAGUUUGGAGAUGACAUGAAGUGUAUCGGUUAUCAAACUAGUGUUUUAUGUUCUAUUCAAGAAGUUUGAAGCAAUUAUAUUGUUUUUCAAUUGUUUCUUUUUUGUGAUUUGUAAUACAUUUUGGGUUUUUUUUUCUUUUACAAUAUGAAUAUAAAAUUUGAGUUUUCUUUC